UACAAAAUGCUGGAAACAAAAAAUGGAACCAAAUUAUUGUGAAGAAAAACAAAUGUACACUAACUAGACUUGAAACUUGCUUAUAUAAAGACUUAAGGACCACAUUUGUUUCCCCAUCUCCUCAACAACAAAACUCAGAACAAGACAACAAAAACACAAAAACUCUCCCCUAAAAGAUGGCGAUAAUUUGCACAACACCAACGACAUCUCCUGCAGAGAAAGAACAAGAACCAAAACAAGAUCUUGAAAACGACCAAACUCCUCCCUUAAUCUUCAACCCUUCUCUUCUUAACGUCCAAUCUCAAAUCCCAAACCAAUUCAUUUGGCCUGACAAAGAGAAACCUUCAAUUGACAUUCCCGAGCUCAACGUCCCUUUCAUCGAUCUUUCGAGCCAAGACACAACUCUAGAGGCUUCUAGACUCAUCGCAGAAGCUUGCACCAAACACGGUUUCUUCCUCGUCGUCAAUCAUGGAGUCAGCGAGUCGCUCAUAUCCGAUGCUCACCGUUACAUGGAAAGUUUCUUCGACAUGCCUCUCGCCGGGAAACAGAGAGCCCAAAGAAAACCUGGUGAGAGCUGGGGCUACGCCAGUAGCUUCACCGGAAGAUUCUCCACCAAGCUCCCAUGGAAGGAGACUCUCUCUUUCCCGUUUUCCAACGAAAUAAGUGGAUCAAGAACCGUUCAAGAUUACUUCUCCGGUACAUUAGGACAAGAGUUUGAACAGUUUGGGAGGGUGUAUCAAAACUACUGUGAAGCAAUGAGCAGCCUGUCACUCGAAAUCAUGGAGCUUCUUGGUCUUAGUUUAGGCAUAAAGACAGAUCAUUUCAGGGAAUUUUUUGAGGAGAAUGAUUCGAUAAUGAGGCUAAAUCAUUAUCCUCCAUGCCAAACACCAGAUCUCACAUUAGGUACAGGACCACAUUGUGAUCCAAGCUCUUUGACUAUUCUUCACCAAGACCAAGUCAAUGGCCUUCAAGUCUUUGUUGAAAAUCAAUGGCAAUCCAUUCUCCCCAAUCCUAAAGCUUUCGUCGUCAAUAUUGGUGACACUUUCAUGGCUCUAUCGAACGGGAUAUUCAAGAGUUGUUUGCAUAGAGCGGUUGUGAACAGAGAGAGCGCGAGGACAUCAAUGGCUUUUUUCUUGUGUCCAAAGAAAGACAAAGUUGUGAAGCCACCAAGUAAGAUUUUGGAGAAGAUGACACCAAGAAGAUACCCUGAUUUUACUUGGCCUAUGUUCCUUGAGUUCACUCAAAAGCAUUACCGAGCAGAUGUCAAUACUCUCGAUUCCUUUACAAAUUGGAUCAUUACCAACAAAUUCACCGUCUAAGAAACCAAGUUACCAUCGAAAUCAAUAUUCAUUCUUAGUUACUGGCUCUUUUGUUCUCAUGGUGAAAUGCAUUCCCAUGGUUUCAAAUUUCAAAACGUUUGUAUAUUUUUCCAAGAAUCACAGUGUGGAAUAUGAAUGCUUGUUAAACCAAAAACCUAAA